AUGUCAGGUCAAUCUGCCUUACUGAUCGGCGCUACUGGUGCUACGGGAAAGCAUGUCUUGCGCGAGCUGCUCACUUCACCGCACUUUACACGUGUAGGAGAGAUGGGCAGACGCAUAACGGCGAAAGAACAGCUUCCGAGAGGCUCUCAAAGCAAGCUGGAGCAAAAAGUGAUCAACUUCGAGAAACUAGAAGAUGCAGAGCUUCAAAAGGGCAAAUGGGACGUUGUAUUCAUCACCAUGGGGACGUCAAUUAAGGCUGCGGGAUCCCCACAAAACUUCGAAAAGAUUGACAGAGAAUUUGUGGUCAACGCUGCCAAAGCCGCGCGCACCAAUGAUGCGAACCAGCGCCUUAUCUAUCUGUCUGCAAACUACUCGAACCCGGAUGCCUCCGCCUUGUAUCUGCGCAGUAAAGGGCUUACAGAGCAAGCUCUCGCCGCAUUAGGCUACGGAGACACGAUCGUUUUCAGGCCGAUUUUCCUUCGAAACGCCGAACGAGCUGGCUUUCGUCCGGUCGAAGCUGUGUUAUCCCCUAUCACUGCUGUGCUCUCAUGGCUUUCGUCCAGCUUUACCGUUGACGUCCGUGCUCUCGCAAAGAGCAUACGUAUAGCUGGCCAACUUGGUACAUCUGGUCUGCCAUCGGUCGCAAGUCCCACAAAACGAGCUCUUGGGGGCAAUGCAUUCACCACGAUAAGCAACAAAGGCUCCGUCCUUCUUGCGAGACAGGAUCUGUGA